GGCCAAGACGGAAAGAGGGCAGUCCCUUUAAAUAACUCCUGCUCGCCACUUCCGUCUUUUAAAAGCAGCUGACUGCACACACCGGGGUCAUAUGAUUUCGACCGGGAGUUCCCUGAAUGUUUGCAGAAAUGGUGCCGAAGCAGAGGCUGGAGGUUGCGCUGCUGCUGCUGCAUUUUCUAGUGGCUUUCAGUUCAGGCUUAUUCCUAAAGGACCCAAAAGAACCAAAGCAAGACUGGGGGUAUGUCCCCGUCAGAAGCAACGCAAGCAUGUUCUGGUGGCUGUACUAUGCGGACAACCCUGCCAAGAAUUUCACGGAGCUUCCUCUUAUCCUAUGGCUUCAAGGAGGCCCAGGGGCUUCCGGCUGUGGAUACGGAAACUUUGAAGAGAUUGGCCCUGUAGACACUGAUCUAAAACCACGAAGGACAACUUGGUUGCAGGCGGGAAGUGUGCUGUUCAUUGAUAAUCCUGUGGGCACUGGAUACAGCUAUGUUAAUGACAGCAGCGCGUAUGCCACAGAUCUGUGUAUGGUCACGUCGGAUAUGAUGGUUGUUCUUAGAAAGUUCUUCAGUUCUAGGACAGAGUUCCAGACAAUCCCCUUCUACAUUUUUUCAGAAUCUUACGGUGGGAAAAUGGCGGCCGCCAUUGCUUUGGAGCUUCAUAAGGCAAUUCAAGCUGCGACGAUCAAGUGCCAUUUCCUUGGGGUAGCUCUUGGCGAUUCCUGGAUUUCUCCUUUAGAUUCUGUGCUGUCCUGGGGGCCUUACCUUUAUAGCACUUCUUACCUUGAUGAUAAAGGUUUAAAGGAAGUGACCGGUGCUGCCAAAAAGAUCCUGAAUGCUAUGAAUAAAAAGAAAUACAAAUUGGCAACGUUGCUUUGGGGCAAGGCGGAGGACAUCAUUGAAGAGAACACGAAUGGUGUGAAUUUCUAUAACAUUCUGACUCCAGAUUCUUCAUCCCUGACAUCCACCUCAAGUGAAUUGGUCCCCAUCUUAAAACUCUUCCAGCGUCAUGUACAAUAUCAACAUAAAGACAAGUUGAGUGAUUUGAUGAACGGACCAAUCAGAAAGAAGCUGAAAAUAAUUCCUGACCAUGUAAAAUGGGGAGGCCAGGCGCAAGACGUUUUCACACACAUGUCUGAAGACUUCAUGAAACAUGCCAUAGACAUUGUAGAUGGCCUCCUGGAAGCCAAUGUCAAUGUUACUGUUUACAAUGGGCAGCUGGAUCUCAUUGUUUCUACCAUAGGCCAAGAAGCGUGGGUCCGCAAGCUGCAGUGGCCCAAACUGAAGCAUUUCAGUGACCAAAAAUGGCAAGCUUUGUACAUAGGCCCCAAAACUGAAGAGACAGCAGCUUUCUUCAAGUCCUAUGAUAAUUUAGCCUUCUACUGGAUUCUAAAGGCUGGGCACAUGGUACCUGCGGACCAAGGUGAUAUGGCCCUGAAAAUGGUUCGGAUGGUGACUCGCCAAGAUCACUAACAGAAUCGGAGCCAGCUGGCUUGGCUCCCUUGAACGCUUGGACGGCAUCCCCUGUUUUGUUAAAUUGCACCUUAAACUGCGUUGCUGCCUGCCUCGGCCGUUGGAUUCUGCGCAAGAUAUUUCAAGGAGGGGAAGAUGCUGCCCUUGAGUGGACAUGCCUGCCAUUCCCUGUCCCUGCGCCGCACCCGCAGACUUUCAGCCCGAUGAACCGUUCAGUGGAGGAGCAGCUUGCUGCCGCGUUUGUUCUUGCAUGAAAUGUUGAGUGCUUUUGAUUUACGGAGAAUUCUUUCCACAGUUCUUUUACAGCUCGCUCCAAAAUGUGUUUACCAGGGAGUAGGGCUCACAGAGGGCUCAGGGUCACACAUAGCACAUCCAAUGGAAGACAAUUUUCAGAUUCUUCUCCAUCUCCCUUUAUAUGGAGGGGGGGGGGGUUUAACCUCAGGGGUAAAUCCACUGAAAGAAUUCACCAUUCCUCUUCCCUUCCACCCAGUUUAUUUUCUUGAUGAUAUUGGUUGUAGCUAUGUUUGAAGACAUGGCCUGUGGCCGAAAUGUAUGUGCAACUCAAAUUGUGGGUAAUUUUUUAAAAAUCAGGUUUAGUUUCUGGGCGGGGGGGAGGAAGGGGCUGGGUGACCCCUUGGCCUCCAACUUUUUCUCCUGCAUAAGCUACCUCCUUCCCUACUAAUAUUUGCCUUAUACAUAAAUGAUUCCCAUAUCUUCUGCAGGUCAAAAGGCAGCCAAGGUGGACGAGGCUGAGUGGGAAAGUAACUAAAUGAUGGAAAGGCUUCUCAGUUCCCCUCCGCAGUCAAAAUAGCUGAAAAAGCUUUACAUCUUGUGGCUGCAUAUAUAUUUUUUGAAAAGCACAUUUUUAUUUUUACCGACUCAAAAGAUACAGAAAAAAGACAUUAAUGAUAAAAAAAAAUUAUGGAAA